AUGGCCGCCUUUCUCCCCAGUACAGCGUUUGGUAGCUGUAUCCGCUGGCUAACCAACGGCCGCCUAUUCCAGUUCCCGGAGGAACAGCCCGGGUUUCAGCUACCGCCGAAAUAUUCAUCUGCCGUGGAGCGAGCAGCACAGCAGUCGGGGCCACAGUCAACUGAAGGCGCCGAUGGACAACAAAAUGACAAUUCGCCAUCGCCAGAUCCAUCUUCGCCUAGUGCUGAGAGCGGAGAUCGGUCGGUAGAUAUCGAGAAAAGCGCACAACACAACGAGUAUCAAUGGAUCAGCCCUGAGGUCACGCCUGAUGGAACGAUAUUAGUCGGAUGGUAUUCAGAUACCGACCCGGGCAACCCUCAUAACUGGCCAUCAUGGUUGAAAUUUCUGGUAUAUAUCCAGAUCAACUUUUAUACCUUUGUCAUCUACAUGUCCUCCUCGAUUUUCUCCAUCGUUCAGCAAGAAUUCAUGGUAAUCUAUGGUGUCCCUCAAUCGGUGGGCUCUCUUGGGCUCGCACUGGUCCUCCUGGGCUAUGGAAUUGGGCCGCUGCUUUUCAGUCCCAUGUCAGAAAUCACAGCUCUGGGUCGCAACCCUCCAUAUGUAGUCACCCUGAUUAUUUUUAUGGUUUUAACCGUGAUCACCGGGGUGGUUAAUAAUGCGCCAGGAUUUCUUGUUCUACGCUUCCUCCAGGGGUUCUUUGGCUCUCCGUGUCUGGCCACGGGAGCUGCAUCGCUGGCGGAUGUGACAAGCCUCAUCAACUUGCCAUACGGCCUUUGGAUCUGGGGUACAUUCGCAACCUCUGCUCCCGCGGUCGCGCCUACGAUUGCUGGGUUUAGCUCUGUAGUCAAAGGUUGGCGCUGGUCCAUGUGGGAAGUUCUCUGGGGCACAGUACCUUGCUUAAUACUCCUAUUCUUUCUCCCAGAAACCUCGUCCGAGACAAUUCUCCACCGACGUGCGAAACGCCUUAGAAAAGCGACGGGAAACAACGCCUUCAAAGCUCCCUCUGACCUCGACCCGUCCAAAUCAUCUAUAACCGCCAUCAUAAACCAAGCCCUAAUUAUUCCCUGGAAAAUUAAUGCCUUAGACCCCGCCAUCCUCUUCACUACAGUCUACACCGCACUGGUUUAUGCCAUCUUCUACUCCUUCUUUGAGGUCUUCCCACUUGUCUACCUCGACAUAUACCACAUGACCCUACCACACAUGGGACUUGUAUUUCUCACUGCCAUCGUUGCAGCUCUAACGAUCAUGCCAUUCUACUUCGUCGUUACCCAUUUCGCUAUUUCCAAACCCAUUCUAAGCGGCACCUUCCCUCCACCAGAACGCAGACUCCUACCGGCACUACUCGGCUCUCUGCUCGUGCCCAUGGGUAUGUUCCUAUUCGCCUGGACAUCACGCAAGGAAAUCCACUGGAUCGUACCAACACUGGGAUUUUUCUUCAUUAUGGCCGGUGUCAUCACCCUACUCCAAUGCAUGUUCGGGUACAUGGCAGUGGCAUACCCGAAGUACGGCGCCAGUCUCUUCGCCAUGAACGACUUUGCCCGGUCCAGUCUGGCAUUUGCAUCGAUCUUAUGGUCUGGUCCGCUAUACCGGAAUCUCGGAAUAGCAAAGGGGACAAGCUUAAUCGGUGCGUUGACGGCUGCUUGUGUGGUCGGGAUAUAUGCUCUGUACCUGUACGGGCCCGCGUUACGAAAGAGAAGUCGAUUUGCGGAGUAA